UAAAUAACUCACACUUUCCACUUUCAACAACAUAACUAACAAAACCGCUUUUCAAUUCUCGUUUCGUUCUCGUCAUGGAUUCCGCUGAAUCCAAACACAGCAACCGUCAACAAAACGCCACCGAGAAUGACGACGUUGCUUCCAUCGCCGGCGAGUCCUCACGAAGAAAAGACGCUGUGUCAAAACAAGGUGGUGGUUCUGGUAGCGAGGAUUCUGUAGGGUGUGGAAUGAGAAUCAGUGGUAGUUGUAAUCCAAAUGCUAGGGUUUUGAAUAAAGAUGAUUGUCAGAAAAACGAUCAAGAUAGUGAUCAAGAUUUACUUAGUGAUGCACGUGACUCAGAAUUGAAGCUCGAUGUUGAUGAUCCUUUAUUGAAGUCUAUUCAUAACCUUAAGCUUUCUCGGGAUGCACUUGAACAAGAAAUUGAAAAAUUCAAGGAGAUUGGGAAUGAAAGUUCCUCACAUGAUGAUAAUGGCUCAAUCAAAUGUAGAAGUGAAGCUGCUGGACCAAGUGCUGUUGAUCUAGAAUUUCAUGAUUCAUGCUCAUCCGGCCAUUCUGAUGAACAAAAUUCAUCAAGUUCCAGGGAGCUUCAAAUAGCAAGCCUGACAGAAAAAAUAGACAUUUUGGAAAAUAAGUUAUACCGAUUGAAGUGCGAUCUUGAACAAAGGGAUGGCAGGAUUCUGAUACUUGAAUCCGACCUUUAUACUAAGGAAGAAUCUACUAGCACAAUAGGUGAAAAAUGUAAAGAGCUGGAGUCUGAGCUUGAGAGCCUUUUUCUGCAAAAGGUUGAAGCCGAGGUCAAAUACCUUACCAUCAAAAAUAUGAUGAAGAGCUUGAAGGUUGCAUCAACUUUUACAGAGAAACAGGAAACAAUGUCUGGCAAUAAAGUGCAAAAUACAAAUAAGCUUGAAGUGGCAGGUAGUGAGGAUUCAAUAAUGAAGAACAGAACAGAUGAAUCAGGAAAAUACCGUGGUGAAGUUUUAGGAGCUGAGGAGACUUUUAUGAUUCAGAGGAGAUUAUGCAACCUGACAUACUGCUUUGUCUUACAGUUCAUGCUGUUAAUCUUGGUCCUUUGGCUUAUUUUGUCUAAUUUAGAGCCCAAUUCCAGGGAGUUUGUGCCCACGUAAAUCUGCAAAGUUGUGCUCCCUUUGUGCAUUCUCAGAAGUUUAUUCACUCAUGCUUGAUGUAAAGUUUCACUGUCAUCGCACAAAGACAUUUCUUUUUGUGUGCUGGGAGAGAGCGUCCAUGUGCUAUAUUGUUUCAUACCAUUUUUUGAACUGCUAUAACUCAUUCAUUGUAGUGUUGACUCAAUAAAUACAGCUAUAUAGUGAAAUUUGUAGAUGGCUUGCUUUUUGUUUUCAUAGUUACUAUUAUUAGAUGAGGUGUGGUAUUAUUUUAAAUUUGACACCCAGCAUUAAUGAAU